AAAACUAGCUCUUCAUUCAAACAAAACAAGAGCGCCAAAUAAAAUAAACAAUGGCUGCUUCUACUUCUCCAAGUUUCUCAACACCUUUGCACAAGAAUACCCGGAAAACAAACUUCCCUUCUUCGCCUGGAAAUAAAUCUUUGCACAUCAAACUUGGUUUCUCAUUUUCUUUGCCAUUCAAUAAAUCUAUAUGUGUGAAAUCCUUUGGAACUGCAAAGUAUGAUGAAGUUGCGGUGGAUGAAGAAAUGGACAAGAUUAGGAGGCUUCAGAAUGGUUCAGAUGUUAGAGGAGUGGCAUUGGAAGGUGAAAAAGGCAGAACGGUUGACCUUACUCCACCUGCUGUAGAGGCAAUAACACACAGUUUUGGAGAGUGGGUCAUCAAUGGUUUAGAGAAGGAGCAAGGACAUCCUGUAGAAAAUGUGAGAGUGUCUCUUGGCCGUGACCCUCGAAUUUCAGGGUCAAAAUUGAGUGUGGCAGUCUUUGCAGGUCUUGCUCGUGCUGGUUGCAUGGUGUUUGAUAUGGGACUAGCUACUACACCAGCUUGUUUCAUGAGCACAUUGUUGCCUCCAUUUAACUAUAAUGCUUCAAUCAUGAUGACAGCUUCUCACUUACCUUACACUCGUAAUGGCCUGAAAUUUUUUACAAGGAGAGGGGGAUUAACUUCUCCGGAGGUAGAGGAAAUAUGUGAUAAAGCUGCUCGUAAGUAUGCAAAUAGGCUGGCCAAAGUGUCUACCUUGCUUAACGUUCUUCCUACAAGAGUUGAUUUCAUGAGCACUUAUGCGAAGCACCUAAGAGAAAUCAUCAAGGAGAGAAUCAAUCAUCCUUUGCAUUAUGACACUCCACUCGAGGGAUUUCAGAUAAUAGUAAAUGCUGGAAACGGUUCAGGAGGGUUCUUCACAUGGGAUGUCUUAGACAAGCUUGGUGCAGAUACGUUUGGCUCUCUGUAUCUUAACCCUGAUGGGAUGUUUCCCAAUCACAUUCCCAACCCUGAAGACAAAACUGCCAUGGCACUUACAAGAGCAGCAGUGUUAGAAAACUCAGCUGAUCUUGGAAUAGUUUUUGAUACUGAUGUGGACAGAAGUGGGGUGGUUGAUAACAAAGGGAACCCAAUAAAUGGUGAUAAGCUUAUUGCUCUCAUGUCAGCCAUUGUAUUGAAGGAAAAUCCAGGAUCAACUGUAGUGACUGAUGCUCGUACAAGUAUGGCACUCACUAGAUUUAUAACUGAUAAAGGGGGUCAGCAUUGCCUAUAUCGUGUUGGUUACAGAAAUGUCAUUGACAAGGGUGUUCAGCUUAACAAGGAUGGAAUUGAAACCCAUCUUAUGAUGGAAACAUCUGGUCAUGGUGCUCUUAAAGAAAAUCAUUUCCUUGAUGAUGGGGCCUAUAUGGUGGUGAAAAUCAUAAUUGAAAUGGUACGUAUGAAGCUUGCGGGAUCAAAUGAAGGGAUUGGUAGUCUUAUAGAAGAUCUUGAAGAACCAUAUGAAUCAAUAGAACUAAGAAUAAAUAUCAUCUCUGAACCUCGACAUGCUAAAGCAAAAGGGUCUGAGGCCAUUGAAACAUUUCGAAGCUACAUUGAGGAAGGGAGGCUUAAAGGGUGGGAGUUAGACUCGUGUGGUGAUUGCUGGGUGAGUGAUGGGUGCCUUGUAGAUACAAAUGAUGCCCCAGCUUCAAUUGAUGCUAGCAUGUAUAGGGCAAAAGUAUCAAACGAUGAGCAUGGACAACAUGGUUGGGUUCACAUGAGACAGAGUAUUCACAACCCAAACAUUGCUGUGAACCUGCAAUCAUCUGUUCAGGGAGGUUGCUGGUCUAUGGCAAGAGCUUUUCGAGAUGAGUUUCUCAUAGCAAGUGGAGUUAACAAAUUCCUUGACAUUACUCGAGUUGAUAAGUUCGUUGAAAAUGGCCACGUAGCAUAAUUUGCAAUUAUUUAUUCUAAAUUAUGGGAGUCUUCGGGUGGUCCUAUUUAACACAGAUCAAACUUUUAUAGCUUUUUAAUGUCAUAUUAGUUUACACUGAAUUAUUGUUCAUACCAUAACCUUAACAAAAAGAGAGACGAAAGUAUAAACAGCAAUUGAGUACAUAUUAUAGAGUUUUUAUUUUUUUGAAUAAAUUAUAACAUUA